AUGGUUAGCUCCGUCGAACCUGGCAAAGUAGCCUGGUCCUUCGGUCCUUUAAUAAAUGACAAUUUGCAUCAGUCUUUAAUUAAAUUUUGGGAGCUUGAGGAGGUUACUAGUGGUGGCUGUGACGUCAGUCCGGACGACCGCGAGUGCGAACGCAAGUUCUUAUCGACAGUGUCGCGCGAUUCUUCUGGCCGUUUCAUUGUUUCUUUGCCUUUUAAAGGGGAUCCUAAAACAUUAGGUAAUUCGCAUAUUGGUGCUCAGCGUCGAUUAGCUGCACUUGAGCGUAAAUUCAUCGCGCUGCCUACACUUCGUGAGGCGUAUAAUGAAGUAAUUUCUGACUAUUUAAAAAAGGGUUAUUUAUCUGAAAUACCAUACUCAUCCGUGGCUUUGAGUGAGGGUUACUUCAUCCCACAUCACGCUGUAAUUCGUCCCGAUAGAACUACGACUAAAACGCGCAUUGUUUUGGAUGCCAGCGCCAAAACGGACACUGGCUUUUCGCUCAACGAUUUACUCAUGACUGGACCUAACUUGCAGACUGAUUUAUUUACAUUGCUAUUAAGGUUUCGUCAAUUUGAAAUAGCCGUCACUGCUGACGUGCAACAAAUGUACCUUCGCAUACUUUUAGCAGAUGAUGAUCGUAAAUAUCAAAAAAUAUUAUACCGAUUUAAUGAAGACGAACUUGUUCGUAUUUUCCAAUUUAAUUCGGUCGCAUUCGGUCUUCGCUCGAGUCCGUACCUGGCUAUGCGCACGAUCCGACAAUUGGCUCUUGAGGAACAGGAUCGCUUCCCUCGCGCUGCAGAGGUCGCCACUCACGAAAUGUACAUGGACGAUUUAACCUCAUCAGUUCCCACCGCAAAUGACGCGAUUCAGUUAGCUCAUGACCUAAUCGCAAUGUUUAAAUCCGGUGGAUUUGAUCUAAUAAAAUGGGCCAGUAACUCGCCUGAACUUCUCGCUCAUUUGCCUGAGUCUCAUCGCGCCGCAAUUGAAUUCACCGAUAAUAGCGACACACUAAAGGUCCUAGGUUUGAAAUGGCUACCUGUAACUGACACUUUCACGUUCACAAUCAACGAACCUCCCGCUAAUAAUACUAAACGCGUGAUUUUAUCUACUAUUGCUCGCUUGUUUGAUGUACUCGGCUUAGUUGCGCCUGUUAUACUUUACGCCAAGCUUUUACUUCAAGAUUUAUGGCUCGCUAAAAUUGAUUGGGAUGAAGUACCACCUCAACCAAUUAUUGACCGCUUCACUGAAUUUAAAAAUGAAUUGCCCCUUUUAUCAAGUUUGCAAAUACCGCGCCACUUGGGCAUAUCAGCAGGUUGCACUGUCCGCUUACUCGGUUUCGGAGAUGCCAGUCUUAAGGCAUAUGGCUGUAUUCCACUAUCGCUCUGUCGUGGAUUCAUUCAUCGCCGCACCGUUGGCAAAUGUUUGUCGCCAACCGUGUUAGUAAAAUACACGAUAAUUUGCCACCUGGCCGCUUUUUUCAUAUAA